AUGCAAGCAAGUAUGAGUAACUCAACUUCAGGGGAAGUAACCGAUCCUACCCAAAUCACGUCAGGGGAAGUAACUAACCAGACCCAAGUCACGUGGGUGGAUUGCGUCAUCGCCUCCUUCUGCCUGCUCAUCUCCCUCUUCAUCUGCACGGUCAACACGCUGACCAUCGUCACCAUCAGCAGCACCCCGUCCCUACGGACCAUCGCCAACACCUACGUGGUCAGCCUAUCCGUGGCUGACCUUCUGGUUGGCCUUGAACUCAUCCCGACGGCGCUUUACUUCAUGCCCCCGACCCGCUACUCCAUCUUCUUCCGGUUCAUCCGAAUCUGCAUGAUGCUCAACGGUUUGAAUCUCGGGAUCGCUGGAACUUCCGCUUUCCACAUUACUUUUAUAUCCAUAGACCGAUACCUCUACAUCGCUAAGCCGUAUUUCUACCAAAAACACAUCAAUAUUCAUGUUUCCAUAACCUUAAUCACGACAGGAUGGGUUAUCGGACUUGGAUAUAGUUCCCUCCCGCAGUUUUUCCACAAUCCCUACGGCGCUACCCCGACUUGCAGUCCUACUGUAAACUUCCCCGUUUGGUAUCUUUUCUACGGCGCUCUGAGCGCCUAUAUCACGCUUGUCAUCAUCAUCUUCACCAUGUGCUACCUCAUCAUCAGAACAGCCAUCAAACAGCGCAACGCAAUUUGCGCGACAACAUUCUCGCACUCCAACGAAGGAAACGCGGUGAUCUCGCGAACGACGAUGAAAAGCUUGAAGUACUUCUUCACCGUUUUCGGCGUUUUCUUUGUUUGCGUGACGCCGACGGUUUUGUGUAUGGCUUUGGAUUAUUACGUCAGAGUCCCCAGUGUGGUGUAUAACUGUCUGGUCAUGCUGGCAUUGAGUAACUCGGCCAUGAACUUCGUCAUACUCACCCUCCAGAACAGGCAGUUUCGAUGUUCGCUGCUGAAGACGGUGCGAUGUUUGUUGUGUUUCGAUAGCUGGAGCGACCGGGUGAUCUCUAUUACACCCACGCACAACUAG